AUGGCGAAAGAUAUUACAUUCUUCACCGUCUUUUUAGAAAGCUGUGGGCCUGUGAAUAAUGACAAGACAGGAAAAUUAUUAUCUUCUUGGACUUCAACCUAUGUUUCCUCAUUCAAAAUUGAAACUGCAACCAUGAAUGAAACGUUACUAACUAUAAUAACUGGUAGGUUUGUCAUUCUACCAGGAAAAGUGAAGAUUAAACUGAGUUUUAAAAUGAACAAUCAAUUAGUUACAGAAGAGCAAGAAUUUUUUACGAAAUUGUGCGAAAUUGUAGGUUCAAGUGUUCACUUUUGGGAGGAGCAAUUGUUUUAUAAAGUUCAAGACGUAAGCACCAAAGAAAAUUGCAUCGUUCUCAAUUUAAAAUGUACAAUUCUAACGGACGCUCAAAUAAAUACGUUCAUAAACAAGCCUAGGGAGCUUCAUUCGCAUGCGAAAGGAUAUCCUGAAAUCUAUUACCUUUCUGAGUUAUCCACGACUGUCAAUUUUUUUUCUAAAGGGGGGAAUUUUGUCGAAAUAAGCCAGGUUAUCCCUCAUUUUAACGAAUAUUUUUCGUCUUUAAUAGUUUCCCAAUUGGAGUUUGAAUAUCCGAUGGUCUUCUCCAUGAUUUCAAGACUCCGAUUGAAAUGGCAGCAAAGUUCGCUCGCCCCGAUAUCGUACGCCCUAACGAACACUUCGGUACUGCUUCCAAUAAUGCUCAACAUGAUUGCCCAAGACAAAUCUUCGACAACCGUGUAUCAAAUUCUUUGUCGGAGAAGAAGCCCUCCAAUUCAGAAUUUUCAAAUUUUUUCCUUACCGGCAGUGAAGUAUAAUAAGUAG